UAGUCAUCUUUAACUUUCGGUAGCCGACUUUCUUCUUCAUUUCUAUACAUCAAUUUGGAUUGAAUUUUUUAUUAGGUAGCUUUCAUUCAGAAACACACACAAGGUGCACAUACGCUGGAAAUUUAUCUCAAAUUUGAUUCAUAGUGUUUCAUUUGAUUCGAAUCUUGAUCUUCGUAUAAACCAGGGUGAUUCUGGAAUUGUUAUCUGUUUUGAAACCAGCAUAUCUGAAAUGGGUACGAAGAAUAACUCCUCUUUCCAGUCACCAAACUAUUUCCACAAUCUUUCAAAGGCGUUAGAGUUUGCAGUUUCUGAAUGGCUGCUAAUGUUUUUAUUAUUCAUCGAUGCAUGUUUCACGUAUUUGAUCGCAAAGUUUGCAUCCUACUGUCAACUUCAAGGUCCAUGUCUACUUUGCUCAAGAUAUGAUCACGUUCUAGCCAGGGAUAAUAAAGGAAUCCACAGGGAUUCGAUAUGUAAUCAUCACAAAUCCGAGAUAUCUUCCGUAGUUCUUUGCCAUGUUCAUGAUAGACUCGUUGAUCCUCAUGGAAUAUGUGAAAAUUGUCUUUUGUCAUUUGCCAGUAACAAGUUGGAUGAUGAAACUCUCAGAUUGUUAGUCAGAAACAUGAAAUCUGACCCCUUACAUAAAGAUAGCAACCGUGAUUCUAUAGGUUCACGAAUCUGUGGUUGUUGCAAUGACCAAUAUCUUUCAAAAGACUACGUGAAAAACCUGCUUUCUGCAAGUACAGCUCAUUAUGAUGAUUCUGAAUCUCUAUUAAUGAAUGGGGAGCAUGCUAAGAAUGAAAAAAACAUAUUUGUGGAUGAGUCUCUUGAAUCUUUUAAAUCUUCCCACAUUGGAGAGAAUCAUAUUGCCAGUUCCUCAGAGUUUAAAUAUCAGAAAGUUGAUGUUAAUUCUGAUAAUGAAUUAGAACACCCUGUUUCUGAUAAUGGAAGUGCCCAUGCUCUUGUUCCCGGGGAUCAUUUGCAGUCCGCUUCACAUUUUGAAGUUCCUUAUCUUCAUAAUGGGCAUACAACUGUUGCAACACGUGAUUCAAAGGAACUUAAAUGGCAGGGUAGUAAGGAAGAUAUGUCUCAGAUUACUGAGCAAAUCUCCCUCAAGGAGGUUCUACUUCCGUCGUCCAAUAAUGUAGAAACUCCCGUUGAUCCGUUUCUAGAUACAAGAAAAGAUGAACCGAUCAAGGAUCCCAUGACUGAAAGUGAUCCAUCUGCAACUACAAAUGGCCACCAAGUAUCAAACUAUCUGGAUCUUGGCGAUGCAUAUAAGCUUGCUAUAAGCACUAAAGCAAGACAACUCUCUGGGAAGCUUCUUGAUCAGAGGUCCUUCAAAGAUUCUUCAGCAAGAGCCAAUGAAGAUUUAAAAAUCCUUUUACCACAUAGAUCUAAUGACAAUCUAAUAAGUCCCAAACUAUCUUUUAACAGUGACGAGUUAACGAGUAUGCAUUUCCUUCAAAGCAGAAUCUCUUUGGAAAGAAACGAGUCCAAUCUUUCAUUAGAUGGAAGCGUUUUGAGUGAGAUUGAGGGAGAAAGUAUGGUCGAUAGAUUGAAACGACAAGUUGAACACGAUAAAAGACUUAUGGGAGCAUUGUAUAGAGAAUUAGAGGAAGAAAGAAACGCUUCUGCUGUGGCUACAAAUCAAGCAAUGGCUAUGAUUACUAGAUUACAAGAAGAAAAAGCUGCAUUAUAUACAGAAGCUUUACAAUCUUUAAGGAUGAUGGAAGAACAAGCAGAGUAUGAUAGUGAAGCCUUACAAAAAGCAAACGAUCUUAUUGAAGAAAAGGAUAAACAAAUUCAAGAGUUGGAAGACCUCCUUACAAAAACAAACGAAGAUAUUAGAGAUUGAACUCACAAAACAAUAUUAUUUAUGAUUCAUGGAAGGUAAUUCUAUCUCUACAUUCUUAUUUACCCUUGGGGUUUUGUCUACUUAUGACCUUUGUUAUAGCCGAGUUGACAUGGUGCACUAGGGUGCACGGUGGUUGAGCUCAAACCCUAUAUGGUUUUCUUACGUCUGCCUCCAAGGGAAAGGCAUUAUGGAUUGAUACAGGAUGUACAGUUUUGUUGAGAUUUCUCAAGGUUUGGUUACAUAUGAAAGGAAUCGGCCAAGUGAUAAAAGCUUUAUUAUGUUGUAAGUUACUUUAAUAUUUGUUAUAUUGUUGGUUUGUUGUCAAUAAUAUAUAAAAUUAUAGAGAAGAUAA